AUCUCAAGCAGGGUGGAGAGAGGCCUGUCAGUAAUCCAUUCAUCCAUUCAAUUAUAAAGAGCCCGGCCCGAAUAUAAUUGCUGACUGCAGCCAUACAAUCUCCUCUACGUCGACCAACUGAUUCUGCAGCCAUGUCUCUCUUCGCCCCAUAUCCCGACCCUCCCAGUGCAUUGGGACGCUUGAGGGUACUCAGCCCUAACGCAGCCAUUCGCGUAUCUCCUCUAUGUCUUGGAACAAUGACUUUUGGAACAGCCUGGAGCGAAAACAUGGGCGACAUGACCAAAGAGACCGCUUUUGAGAUCAUGGAUCUCUUCUUCAAGCAAGGUGGAUCGUUCUUUGAUACCGCUAACAACUACCAAUCCGAAGAGAGCGAGACCUGGAUUGGCGAAUGGAUGGCCGCCCGCAAGAACCGCGAUCAAAUCACACUUGCUACGAAGUAUACGAGCCCAUACAACACCCAUGACAAGUCCAUUGGCAUUCAUGCCAAUUUCACGGGCAAUCACGUCAAGUCACUACGUCUCUCUGUCGCAGCCUCGCUAGCCAAGCUCAAGACUGACUACAUUGAUCUUCUUUACGUUCAUUGGUGGGAUCAUACUACUUCUAUCCCUGAGCUCAUGCAGUCGUUGAAUCAGCUAAUUACCGCUGGCAAGGUCCUCUAUCUUGGCAUUAGCGACACUCCGGCAUGGAUUGUCGUCAAGGCAAACAUGUACGCCGAGGCACACGGCUUACGUGGCUUUAGCGUGUACCAAGGCCAGUGGUCAGCUGCUAAGCGCGAUGUCGAACGCGACAUCCUGCCUAUGUGUCGUGACAUGGGACUAGCGAUGUGUCCCUGGGGUGCUCUGGGUGGCGGCAACUUCAAGACAGACGAACAGCGCAAACAACAGGCCGACAAGGGUCGCAAUUUCAGACCAGCCACCGAAGCAGAUGUCGCUGUCACUAAAGUCUUGAGUGAGCUGUCUGAAGCGAAGGGCAAGUCAAUCACUUCUCUUGCUCUGGCUUAUGUCUUGCACAGUCAGCCAUAUGUAUUUCCUAUCGUCGGCGUUCGCACUGCUAAGCACCUGCAAGACAACAUCGACGCACUCGAUAUCAAGCUGAGCGAGGACGAGCUAUCGAGAAUCAACAAAGCUUCUAACUUCUCGCUCGGCUUUCCACAUGAUAUGAUUGGGCAGCACCCAUCCGAGUCUUGGCUUCUCUCGUCGUCGGGGGCAUACGCCUUUGAACCACACGCAAAACCGUUUUGACUCUCAAACAGAGCACAACAUAGAAAUAGUGGAACAAACAGGCGAUGAACUUUUAGAUAUGAAGUUCGUCUACCUAUGACAACCUCAUGCUUCCAAAUGUGGACCUCUGUGUAGGUAAA